AUUAAAACUAAUAUUAAUUGAUUUUGUAAAACAGGAAAUGUCUCGGCAUGAAGGGGUGAGCUGUGAUUCGUGCAACAAAAGUAACUUUCAUGGGAAGAGAUACAAAUGUUUAAUUUGCUUUGAUUAUGAUUUAUGUUCAUCCUGUCAUGAUACUGGUACAACUACAACACGUCAUACCCUGGGACAUCCAAUGCAGUGCAUAAUUACUAGAUCAGAUUUUGAAUUAUUCUAUGGCGGUGAAUCUAACGCACAGUAUGAUCAGCCUUCUUCAUAUUCAUUUGUUUGCCCUCACUGUGGAAAGUUAGGACUAAGUGAGAACGUACUACUUGAGCAUGUAGCUGCUGAACAUGCCAAUACUUCAACUGAAGUGAUUUGCCCAAUAUGUGCUGCCCUACCUGGUGGCGACCCAAAUCACGUGACCGACAAUUUAAACAAUCAUUUGUCAUCUGAACAUCGUUUGGUAAGAGAUCCUAUGGAUGAACCUUUAAGCAGAAAUAUCCGUCGUAUAUUUCACCCCGUUCGAAAUAUACCACCACCGAGGUCUCGGAGGAGUGCUCAGCAUCUCUCCGCAAGCGUUACAUCAACUUCUUCAGCUAUCAGUGCGGCUGCCAUGGGUGGAGGAGCCAUUUUUUCGUCAGCAAGAGAAAAUAUCGAUCCCAUAGCGGAAUUACUCUCGCAACUGUCUGGUGUGCGACGAGCAUCGCAGCAGCAAUCAUCAGCCACAACCGCAUCUCAGUUGCAAUUACUUCAACAACAGCUACAAUUUGAACGACAACAGGUUCAACAAGCACGUGAACGAUUAGAAAGAUUACCAAGGAAGCAACCAACUCCGCCAGCAGCCACUUCAAAUAAGAAGACAGAUGCUGCACCAACAGAUCAAAGUAAAUAUCUACUCAAUGAGUAUUUUGUGCAAAAUUCGACAAAGGAGGAAACCAAGAAGACUAGAGAAGAGAGAUGUGAACGAGAACAGUUUACUACGGAACUUGUCUACUCCCUGUUGACUCCAGAAUUAGGAAAGGUUUCUCUAGAUUCUAAGAAAGACGAGAGUGUUGUACCUAAGAGACAGAAAAUUAUUAAAAGUGUUGUUUCGAACGAUGAAAUUAACGAGCAAACGUUGGUUGAGAGUCAUCUACAGACAGAUGCUGACGUUUGCAUUAUUAAUGGUGCAAGUGCUGAUAUGCCAGUGUCAUGUAACACGACACAAUUAGUGACUACGGGUAAUUUAUUGUUGACUAAACAAUGUUCCGGUACAGAAGUGACGUUUGUAUCGGACGAAAACGACGGCAAUCAUCAUACGUCAGUAUCUUAGUAACAUGAGUAAAAAUAACGAAAUUUCAACCAUGUUUACUUAGAGCUGACAAUAUUGUGUUAAAAUUCUUUUAGUAAGCAAUCAGUAUGCCCACUCGUUAGUCUUCACAAAUUUUAUAAUCAAUAUGCUGUCCGUGAAGAAGAACGAGAAUAUUAUCAUUAAAGACUUUAGUUCACUGGAUACGUUAUAACCACUUGAAUUUACCUUAUAAUGUAGCUACAGAGAAAAAUAGAAGCUGAAUAGCCUUGUGUCACGACAACUAUCUGCAUUAAACCUGAUAAUUUAAAUUUUGUAUUUUUCUUUAAAAAACCGUAAAAAUCUGUUUGUUUGUUCUUUGGGAUGAACUUUUGUUACCCAGAAUUCUAGAAGUAUUCUAUGUAUUUUUGUACGAAAGUGAAUGUUAAGUUAUUCAAGUCCUUGUAAAUUAAUAUGCGAAUAAAGCAUGCCAGUGCUGAAGAAGCUUUCUAAAUAA